AUGAAUCAUGUUGAUUGUCAAUUUACAAAUAUAGUUUAUGAUUUAACCGAUAAUGAUAUAGUAUAUUUAAAAGAUGUUCAUCAAUCAUCAUUUUCUACUCUUAUUAAACAAAUUCGUUCCAAAGGUCAACAUGAUGUUGUCGUAACAAAAGAUACAUCUGUAGAUUUAAUUUAUCUUAGUGCUCGCCUUCAUCAUUAUGAUUGUUUACUUGAAGGAAACGUUUCUAUAUCAAAUUUAUUAUAUAGAAAUUCGGAUAAUUAUAUUCGAGAAAUAAUUGAUCAAUUAAUUUCAAAUAAUUCAUAUGUACUUAAUCAAUGUCAAGAUGAUGAGCUUAAAAUUGUUUAUUCUUCAAUAUGA